AUGUUCCUGCUUCUAUUAACGUUUACAGCACCGCUGUUACUGGUGUGGGUUUAUGUGCGCUGGUUGAAAGUGAAACGAUACUGGGCGGACCGAGGAGUACCCUUCGUCCCGCCAAACCCACUGCUCGGGAAUUUGACGUUCCUACAACGCUAUAAUUCGGGGAUAUGGAUGAGGAACUUGUACCACAGCUACCGCAGGCCGUACGUGGGCAUCUGGCUGUUCUGGCGGCCGGCGCUGGUCGUCAACAGUGUGGAGAUCGGCCGGCGCGUACUGAUCAGCGACGCAGCAUUCUUUAGGGACCGCCUCGUAACUUCUGGAGAUUCUGAUCCUAUCGGGAAAUAUAAUCUGUUCACUGUCAAGGAACCAGUGUGGUCGUCCCUCAGACGUCGCCUGACGCCAGUGUUCACCGCGGCCAAGCUGCGCAGCAUGCACAGCCUCGUUAACAUGAAGACCAAAGAGCUGAUGCAGAGAAUACAAAAUGAUAUGACGGAGAGUCAAUCUGUCAAUCUUAGGAAAGUGUUCACGGACUACACGACGGAUGUGAUCGGUGGCGUAUCGCUGGGCUUCGUGGGGGAGGCUACGUUGUCGGGGCGCGGUCCCUUGCGCACCGUCACACAGCAGUUCAUGGACUACGACUUUUUUCGUGGUGUCAGCUGGCUACUGAUGUUCUUCUGGCCCACUUGGGUUAAUUUCUUCGGAUUAACCGCAUUCCCUAAAAGUUCCAUAGACAUAUUGAAGCGAGUGUACCAGACCGCACUGACACAGCGCGGGGGCUAUGAGACCGAGGUGAAGGAGACCAGAGACCUGCUCGAUGCUCUCAUAAAGAUCAAACAAGACCGUGCCAGAGACAACGAAGAUAUGCCAGAAGAGAAGUUGAUAGCUCACACGGCGGUGUUCGUACUGGGUGGGUUUGAUACCACCGCCACCGUUCUCAGUUGGUGCGUCUAUGAACUUGCAUUCCAUCCGGAAAUACAGGAAAAUAUGUACAUCGAACUUCUAAACUUACAAGAAGAUGAGGAAAAACUAAAAGACUUUGAUGCUGGGAGCCUGUCUAACUUGAGUUACUUGAACGCUGUCAUAGACGACCACGUCUAA